UUUUACGUGGUGGUAUGCAAAUCAACUUUAUAGAGACGUCGCUAGCUGGUAGCUAGUUAACGUUAGCCAACACAGGCUUCGGGAGUUUAGCUAGCGAGAACGUACAGUGUAACACUGGCCUCUUAAAUUAUAUUCAAUAACAGAUGGCUAUUUAAUCAUGUAAACCGCAACGUUUGUUUAUUAACGCGAGCCAAGUUGACUUAGUUAGCUAGGUGGACUUGUUUUGCGAGACGAUAUCAAAAUAUAACGUUACUGAUAUAAUAAGGCCUACAUCACCUACAUUUUAUCAGAUGACGAACUACUUUUUAUAGCAACUGUUACAUAACGUUACAGCUGUAACUAGCUAAUUAGAUACAUUCGCACAGUUCUGACAACCCGGGGUAGCUAAUGUUAGCUAGCUAACAAGCUACCGACUAACAUGUGCCCUUUUAAAAUGGCCGCAAGGGUCGUUAAGGUUCAGCUAGAUUAUUCAGUGUAUCCCAAAGAUGGUCAGACCGUACUCCGGACCUCCUCGUUUCAAACCCAGGCCCUACUCUGAUGGCUACAACAUGCCACAUGAAGAGAAUUACAGCCCCUACCCCAGGAGUCAGAGAGGAUUCCGGGGCCACUCAGGAAAGGUCCCUCCAAGCUGGAGAGAUUCCAGAGGUAGAGGACGUGCUCACUUUGCCAAAAGGCCCCCACUGAUGGGAGAACGGAGACCCCCACUGAUGGGAGAACGGAGGCCCCCACUGAUGGGAGAACGGAGGGAGCGACCUUUCAAUCAGUGGAGGUCCCAAAACCAGGAUUCCUUCAACACAUACCCCUCCCAAACGGAGCCCCAUCAUGGCCACAGGAGGCCUUCCCCUUCCGGGCCAAACCGCCCCCCCCCAGCUCAGCAUAGGUCCUCCCCGCAUACUCCUGGACAAGGGCCCCAGGGCCAGAGGGGUGCACAUAUCCAUGGAAACCACUCAGGUUACAGAUCCCCCUCACCACGCCAUUAUCAUAACCAACCUCCUGACAGGAGGCCACAACCCUCACAGUCCCCCCACAGUUCCUUCAGGGGCCCUCACAAGCGCCCAAGUCCGUCUCACGAAGAGGACAGGAGCUGGGGUGUCCGGCCGCCUUAUAGUCCCAGGGAGAGGCAGUUUGAGCGCCCAGGUCGCGGGGGGAUGCGCUGGAAUGGGCCAGGGCCCAUUCCCCGACCACACAAUGGUGAACGUGGGCCCUCUGGCUCCCCCCAGAGAAAGCCACGGGAUUCUCAUGGCAGAGGUCCUUAUCCAGAGAGGUGGUCUGCUGAGCGAGAUCCCAGGCAGCAGCAUGGAGUGGUGGGAAGGGAGCGGGAGGGCAGCGGACGCCGCAGCGCUGAGUGGGCACAGGAAGGCAGCCCUCACCACCCUCCCCACAGAUCCCCCACAUGGAAAGGAGGUUGGUCGUCGUCCUCUUUCCACGAGAACAGCCCUCAGGCAGGGCCAAGUGGACCACCACACAAGAGGAAGUUCCAGGAGCGCGGGAUCCCUCCUGUAGGCCCUGAUGUGGAGCAUGGUCACCCAAAGCGCCCUCGCAGAGAGAUUCCACAUUACUUCAACACCCCUAGGGGAUUUGGCGGCCGUCCCUUGUCAUUCAGGGACAAGAGUCGUUUGCUGAAGGGGCGUAAAAUGAGAGCGGAGUCGGUGAUGAGGCUCAAAGUACCUCCACCUCAGCCCCAAGGAGCAGAGAUCCAUGAAGAGGAAGGGCCUCAUACGUCCAGGGGAAAUGCGCCAUCCAAGUUUGCUCUUCGGAGGGAGCGUUUCCAAGCAAACGCUGGCCCACUGAGGAAGAGGCCGAUGCCCCAUCAAUCACCCCCCAACCAAGAAGCCAAUUCAACCAAGUCUUCCAGGGACUCUGAGUCACAGAAGGAACACGUGGACUCUCAGCGAGCCUUGAGCACACACAGAAUUUGUGAGCAGCACUACUGGGAUGUCAGGUGGAUUCGGGGUUCAGUGACAAUACAGCGUAAAGAAAACAUGGACAUUACGUGCUCUUUCUCUUCCUCUAUAGACAAACGGCUGGCUCGUGACCUAGUCGUUGUGUCCCAGUGGCAGGCACCUGGGACUAACUCAAGCUCAAAGGACAGCCCCCCAAGGGAUAGAAGUAGGACACCAAAAAACAAAACUGAGCGCUAUUACAAUUCAGAUGAACAACUUACGCUGAAUGAACGCUUCUCUAAAAUCCAUGACUCCAGUCCUUCCCCUUCACCAAGAGACCGGAGAUAUGCGGAAAGGCCAACGAACGUGCCACAGGAGAACCACAGACAUGAAAGACCCUUCAGGAAACCAGGACCACAGAGAUCGAGCUUCCGUCCCACUAGCCCAAAUCGCAAACCAGGUCCUCCUCCUCAGAGAAGACCAGGCCCUGAACUGCCUGGUCCCUUUAGGAAGCCACUCAUGGGAGGCUUUGUGCCACGUCCUUUCUCUCAAAGGCCAGUGUUCAGGAAGAGCCAGAGCAUCCUGUCCAAAUACCGUAACAUGCCGACGAUGCGUCAACAUGUACCCCACAACAGAGGGUCUAAUUAUCGCCGCUGGUGAUCAAACUAGAGGGACCAAGGGCACAGUUCAGGGUUACACACCCUUUCCCCCUUGGCCUUGGGUUGCGUCUUUGUCCUGGAGAUGGUCCCCCAAUGCAACUCUCCCUGUUUGCAUAAGAUGUGUUUAAAUAUACAGAAUAGGCUAUCAGUUUCUAGUCUUCCAGACUGGUUAUUAUGGACAUUGUUUUUUUGAUUUCACAACUGUUACACCUCUCGUAUCGUGUAAAUGGUAUUAUGAAGAUUUUACCUUUUUAUAGUUCCCAGUACCACUUUUUUGUUGUUCCCCAGUGCUUAGAGAAACACUUUUUUGUUGUUCCCCAGUGCUUAGAGAAACACUUUUUUGUUGUUCCCCAGUGCUUAGAGAAACACUUUUUUGUUGUUCCCCAGUGCUUAGAGAAACACUUUUUGCUGUAAAGUAGAAGCAGUCUUCAAGACGAUUCCCCAAGGGCUGUUGAAUAUGAUGCUCAGUUUAAUUCUCAACCUGUAAAAACUACUGAUGCCAUCUUCAAGUCCUGCUCAUUUCAACCUAUGUACAUUGUUUUGUUUAAGAUAUUGCAAAUAAAUGGCUCAACAUGCCUUUUGUGAAA